AUGUCCCAAGUACAGAACAAGGUCUCAGGCAGAGCCAGUCCCGUCGAGACCCUCGACGAGGUCCUGAAGCUCUGGGUCCUCGCCGACAAAGCCAUGAGCAUCAGCGACGCGACCCCCACCCCCCGCUCCCCUCACUCGGACCCGGGCUACCGCGUCCGCGACCCAGACCUCUUCGCCGAAGACCUGGCAGCGCGCCUCGCGCGGUUCGCCGUCUCCGAGGCCAACGCGGCCGACCCGCGCGAGAGCAUGCAGACAGUGCUCGAGAGCACCUUCUCGCCCGCAGCCGGCGGACAGCGCACAGCUAUUUCGACGCAGCCGACGCCCGGCCUCACACGCUUCAACAUCAAGCCGACGCGCAGCAGCCCGCCGCCGUCGCCGCGGCCUGGUUCCGGUUUCGGGUGCUCGCUGAAUCGCAUGUCCCGUGCCAGCUUGGACCGGCUUCUUCUGUUGCCAGGUCGCCUGCCGUCGCGCGGUAGUGGCAUCGGGACGACUGUCCUCGAGAGGAGGGAAACGAUUGCGCAGGGCCGGAUCAGGGCUUCGGCCACGGACGUGGCAGAUCUGCAGGACGGCAUCAGAACGGGGUCAGUCAAGGUAUCGGUGGGACAGCUUUGCCGCUCUGUUGGUCUGCCGGAGCCGCAGACAGGCGAGAGGUAUGAACUAGUGUUUCGCCCGGCAUCGGAGGAGGAGCUGGUCCGCCCACGGAACGUGAGGAGAGUCACCUGGAAGUAA